AUGACAGAUUUUACUCCAAUCAACAAGUCUGCAGUUGACACUGCCAAGGAGAAUGCUGGUGGUGAUGCUAAAACCAGUGUUUCUGUCAAGCCAGAAGCCAUCACUGAAGUGACUAACAAAACUGGUGCCAAGGGCAAGAAAAAGCCGGGCAACGAAGACAAAGCGCCGACUACCCCGCGCAAGCGUGGCCGCAAGCCUGCAGCAAGUAAGGAGGCUGCAGGUGGUGAAGAAAACAUCAAGUCCGAAGAGGAUGUCACUCCGUCCAAAAAGCCGAAGCAGUCUCCCGCUAAGAGGACCCCGCGGCCGAUUCCGACCUCCCUCGACGCCGCGAGCAUGGAGGACAAAAUGCUUCUCCGUCUUAGGGAUGAGCAAAGCAAGCCAUGGACUGAGAUUGCUCACGCUUGGAAUGAAUUGACAGGAGAGGAAACCAAGGGCACCACGCUCUCGACUCGAUACAUGCGCAUCAAGGCAAACUUGGCGGUUCUUUCCAAGGAUCACGAAGCUCUCAUGCUCAAGUUUAAACGCGAGGCAGAGGAAAAAUUCGAGGCGGAAAAGUGGCAUCGUAUCGCCGACAGCAUGGAGCAAGCUAGCGGUGAGAAGUUCCCGCCGCUCACUCUUCAAAAGAAGUUCAAGGAGAUGGAAAAAAAAGCAAUGCCAACAAUGGGCUAA